UCCACUCUCUCCUCUUCCCAACUUUUCUCUCUCCAAAAUGGCACCAGCAGCAGCGGCAGCUUUUUUCCAGACCAGCAUCAACGCUGUCUGCGUCAUGGAUGCCAACGGACGCCUAGGCUGCGGCCUCGUCGAGCAGCUGCUCCGCCGAGGCUACGAAGUACACGCCGCCAUUCAGAGCCCUAAGGAGAGUCAGACAUUGAAGAAACUGGCUUGCGAUAAUCAGAAUCUGAAGAUUUUCCACUCUGACCCCUUCGAUUACCAGAGCAUAGUCGACGCUCUGAAGGGCUGCACUGGUUUGUUCUACAACUUCGAGCCUCCCGAAGAUUAUCCCACCUACGAUGAAUUCAUGGCUGAAAUUGAAGCAAGAGCGGCGCACAACGUGCUAGAAGCCUGCGCCCAAACAGAGACCAUCGACAAGGUGGUUUUCACGUCUUCAGCAACGGCCGUUAUUUGGAGGGAGGAUCGUAAAUCAUCGCAGCUCUCAGAUUUUGACGAAACACACUGGACGGACAUCAACUUAUGCCGUAAAUUUAAGCUGUGGCAUGCGCUGUCGAAGACGCUGGCCGAGAAGGCGGCAUGGUCCCUGGCCAUGGACAGGGGAGUCAGCAUGGUGUGCGUCAACGCCGGACUCUUGAUGGGCGGCCCAGAUCUAACCAUCACGAAUCCUUACCUGAAAGGAGCGGCCGAGAUGUACGAAGACGGCGUCUUCGUCACCGUCGAUCUUGACUUCCUCGUCGACGCCCACAUCUGCGUCUUCGAAGACGUCGCAUCCUAUGGCCGGUAUCUGUGCUUCAACCACGUGAUCAGCACGAACGAGGACGCCGCCAAGCUGGCCCAGAUGCUCUGCCCCGAUUCCCCACAGCCACCUCCAAGUUACGAGGAGGAUAUGAGGAUCAUACAGCAGAAAAUAAGCAACAAGAAGCUGAACAAAUUGAUGGUUGAUUUCGAGGGUGGGGCCACGGAGGACCGAUUCUAGACCCUGAAAAGUGAAGAAAAAUAUUUACUAUAUAUUGACCCGUGACCACUGAGCAUGCUGCCAAUGCCAUGGCGGCGGCCGGUGGUGGUCCAUGACUGUUCGGAGAUGACGACAGCGGAGGAGCCCCCAGGAGUGAGGGGCUGUGAUUAGAGGAAUGCCUGGACAAAUGGGUUAUAUCCACGUGUACAUUUGUUCUUGGGAAAUAACUUAUGGCUGUCCCAACUUGAGGGCACGUACAAAUUUUAAGAAUUUUUUUAUUUUUCUAACGCCAAAAAACGAUGUAACCGUUGUUUGAUAUAAUGAAUUAUUUUUAAUUUGUUGGUUA